AUGUCGGCUGCUCGCAGUUCGGAGAGGUCCUUGGCUCCUCGGGACCCUCUGCCCCUGCUGGCCCGCCCGGCAGCCGCACCGCCCGGACCGCGACCUGCCCCCCGCAUGAUGGCGCCGAGCACGUGGACGCCGGAGGAGCUGAAGAUCACGCGCACGCUGGUCUCGUGGCGAAAGCGCUUCGUGGUCACCACGGAGCGGAAGGUCGACACGAAGAGCGAGGCGGGGUACAUGGUUGUGAAGAACUACCUCCGGUGCCUGGACGCCGCGUUCCAGGUGUUCCAGGUGGAGCCUGCCUCCCGCCACUACCGCCGGUCGUUCACUCCAAAGUACCAGAGCAAGUGGCCUGGGCUGUCCCGCCUGCUGCGGGUGGAUGUCCUCGAAGCGAGCAACCAGCAGAUGAUCUUGAUGAACGGGUUCUGGUUCGAGCUCGGCCCGACAGCCGUGGACCUCGCGGGCCUCAUGCGUCACGCGUGGGCGGAGCUCGGGCGGCUGCUGAAGCGCCUGAUCGUGGAGCAGCUCGCCGCGCGGCCAUGGAGCAUGGAAUUGAAGGCGGAGAUGCGGUGCGCUUUGAAGGAGCUCGAUGCCGCUUGGGCGAAGUUCGAGUGCGCGUACGUGAUGCAGGCGAUGGCCAUCGAACAAGAGGCGCGAGUGCUGGUGGCGGAGGCGUGCGUCUGCGAGCGGGUCCUGUCCAAGGCGUCCCAGCGCCGUGGCCGCCGCGGCGGCACCGCGGCUUGCCAGAAACAGCUCGGGGAGCUGGUAAGGGCGAUCAACUUGCUCAGCUCCACAGUCUGCGACGAGAGCCGGAUGCGCGCUGCUGAUCUGAGUCUUGUCACGCGAUCCCUCUCCGAGGCCAAGUCCAUUCUGGAGUCUGCCAGGCUGCAGAAUCACCACCAGAGACCCACCCCCGCACACGCCCUCGCGACCUGGGCGACAGGCGCAUUCGAGGCUGUCCGGGACUACCUGCGCAUCGCCUGGCACAACUUGGAGUCCCUCGACGGCGAGCUCGCGAACAAUCCCGGCCUCGUUGCCAACUUCGACCGCUUCCAGGAGAGCAUGUCCGCCACGGCGCGCUACCUCGCCGACCCGAGGCUUCUGCGCGGCCUGAACUGCGCCGCCGCCUUCGUGCGCGCGGCGUGCGCCACUGCGCCCGGUCUGGCGAUCCUGGGCGCAGACUGCGACGCGGACUUCUUCGUGGCCCUCCCGAGGAUCGUCUGGCUGGGCUUCCUCUCGGCGCCAGACCAGACCAGCCCGCUGAUCGAGCACAUGCUGCCCGGGCUCUUCACCGCGCCCCAGGUCCGCGGCCCCGACCUGCAGGCGCUCCUGGAGGCGUACGGCCAGACGGUGGAGAGGCUCGCCACCGCAGCGGGCAAGGGGCUCCCGGGGCCGGAGGGGGGCGACUCGGAGGGCCACAGGCGUGCGCUCGACAUGCUGGUGCAGCGUGCAGCGGUCGGCAUCGGCCAGGAGGGCUCGAGCGCCGAGGCGGAGGGUUUCCUGCGCCGCCUCGAGGGGUGGAGCAUGCGCCUGCAGCGGCAGCAGCCGGAGGUCUGGAACGAGCUCGCCGCCAUUCUCCUCCAGCACCUUCUCGGGCACGCGCCGUGA